AUGCAGACGUGGGCUGCAUACUCGUCUGUGCGCAGUCUGUAUAUCGCAGUCUGCAAGCCAUCGCCCUAUCGUAUCAGCUAUCGACCAAACCCGGUCGGCCGCUGUCAUACCGCGAUUUUUGACAUCCAGAGGCUAGUGGGAAGCGUACGGACGUACAGGCUGCGAGACCGAAACAUCACAACAGUUGACCCGAAUAAGCUCACUAGCGACUGUUUUCAAGACUUCUCGGGUCAGAAAUUUUUCGGCUUGCGCGUCCAGGAGAGUGCUGGUCCGAGCACCAGUAUUACGCUAUGGCAGCGCAAGUUUUGGAGCUUCGCCAAGGAUGGCACACAGGUCCACGCGCGAUCUCCGCCUGGAACGCACGGCUUCUUCUACUAUCGUGCCCCUCCACCUUGGGCUGGUGAGAUCCGCUUUCGCAUUACGAAGGACAGGAACCCCUCAAGCUUUCCUAGCGGCCACGAUUUUCUCCUUCGAGGCAUGCCGUGGGCUGUGACAUUGCUAUUCGCCACUCCUGUUUCGGCUUUUUUCCAUAAUAUCCUGCUGCGUGACGGCCUGCUCAGCGAAGGCCAGAUACGCCGCUUGGAGUCCUUGGAGCCGUGGCAGUCUAGACUAGCAGCCAAGUCGCAUCUCGUCCAUUCGAUUGGCCAGCCGUUCGCAUUACCUCUGGGCGUGAACAGGAGCACCUCGACGUGUUCCCGGCACAUCGUGCCCGGCAUUGUAGACAGCAGAGAUGUGCUCGAAAGAUUCGAAUUUCGGUCCGUCGCUGGGUCUCUAUGGGGAUACGAUGCCGGCCCGAACGAGACCAGAGUUUUUUCAAAGAAUGCCAUUGCUAUUGUGCACCUCGAGCCUUGGGUGCACCCACGCAAAAAGCAGAGGCGCCUUGUUGCACUCCGAAUCCGGCGACUGCUGCAUUAUGAUGGCCUGCCUGCCUGCUCGCCGGAUGACCACCCCGAUUACGGUGCGGCAGGUCACUUACUGCGUAGCCUCGUGAAAGAAAGAGGGAGGGUAUGGUAUCACGAUCUCGACCGGGGACCUGUUGCAUGGAGACACUUGCGUCUGCCGCCUGAAAGUGUGACCAUGGACUUGUAAGCCGUCCGUGACGUACACAAUCACCCUUA